UUGUCGGCGGCGGCGGCGGCGUGGCCAGUCAGCAUGGCGGGUAGCUGCGGGGAUGGGCCCGACGAAAUGCUCAGUCAGGACACCAUCAAAGCACUGUGGGACAUGCGCGGGGCUGGCAUGCUCUGCGACGGUCUCCUCAAGACCUCGGAUGGCGGAGAGUUCUCUGUGCACAGAGUCGUCAUGGCCAGCUGCAGCGAAUACUUCAGGGCACUUUUCGGGAGUCCCUUGUACAAGGUCCAGCGCACGGAGGUCUUGGUUCCCGGUGUGUCCAAGGCGACUAUGGCCAUCAUCGUGGAGUUCGCCUACAAGCGCGUCACGUGGGUGGGCUGCGACAACGUGGAGAACCUGCUGGAGGCUGCCGACUACCUCUGCAUCAUGGGCAUGGUCAAGGACUGCUGCGACUUCCUCCUGUCCAUCAUGGCCCCUGAGAACUGCAUCUCCAUUCACAACGUGGCCAAGUUGUACAACUGCUUCGACCUCACAUCCAAGGCGUACAACUACCUGAUGCAGCACUUCAUCGAGGUGUCGAAACGCAGCGAGGAACUGCUCAGCCUGGACAUCAACGAAGUGGAGGCCAUCCUUUCGGACGAGAACCUGAACGUCAUCAAGGAGGAGACCGUGUGGAAAGCGGUGGUGCGCUGGAUCGAGCACGACUCGGCCAAUCGGCAGCAGCACAUCGCGCGGCUGCUGCGCUGCGUGCGUACGGGUCUUGUGGAUACGAACUUCUUCGUUGAGAAGAUCAAGUCGCACAAGUUCGUCUCGGACAACGAAUCCUGCAGGCCGUUGGUGAUUGACACACUACGGUUCUUGUACGACCUUGAUGUGGUGGUGCACAACGACGAAGUGCCGACGCCGAUGUUCGCUCGUCCGCGGAUCCCGCAUGAGGUGAUGUUCGUCAUGGGUGGUUGGAUGCAAGGAGGUCCCACUGCUUACAUUGAGAGCUACGACACCAAGGCUGACAGAUGGAUCAAGGUCGACGACGUGGAUCCCGAGGGUCCCCGGGCGUAUCACAAGUGUGCGGCCAUCGGAAACGAAAUCUACGUCAUCGGGGGCUUCAACGGCGAAGACUAUUUCAGCAGCGUGCGAUGCUUCAAUGCACACACAAAGCAAUGGCGCUCCGUCACACCUAUGCAUGUCAAGAGGUGCUACGUGAGCGUGGCGGUGCUGAAUGAAAUAAUCUACGCCAUGGGUGGAUACGAUGGUCGUCACAGGCAAAACACAGCGGAGAAGUUCGACCACCGCACAAAUCAGUGGAGUAUGAUUGCGCCCAUGAACAUGCAAAGGAGCGACGCGUGUGCCACCGCGAACGACGGCUACGUGUACGUCACGGGUGGCUUCAGCGGGAGCGAAUGCCUCAGCUCGGCCGAGAAGUACGAUCCGACGGCCGACCAGUGGACCAUGAUCGCGGCCAUGCGGUUCCGGCGCAGCGGUGUCGGCUGCAUAGGCUUCCGCAACUGCGUCUACGUGAUCGGCGGCUUCAACGGCACCACGAGGCUGGUUUCGGCCGAGAAGUACAACCCGGAGACCAACAUGUGGACUAGUCUUCCCAACAUGUACACGCCCAGAAGCAACUUCGCCGUUGCCAUAAUCGACAACCUGGUCUUCGCCAUCGGCGGCUUCAACGGCGAGAGCACGACCAACCUCGCCGAGUGCUACGACCCGACCACGGACCAGUGGUACGAGGCCACGGAUAUGAACGAAGCCCGCUCGGCCCUCGCCGCUUGCGUCAUUUCCGGCUUGCCCAACAUUCGGGACUACGUCCACCAGCGCCGCGACAACCUGAUGGAGGAGAAGCGCCAGAAAAUGCUCGACAUCCUGAAGCACCGAACGCGUCACGCCAACCGCGACGACAAGAACGCCUAG